AUGUCGAUCCAGCCACUUAUCACGUUCAAGGCUGGCAAGUGCAAUAUCACUUCCAGAGAUGGCAACAAGCAGGCUGUCAAGCCAGUCGCCGGGCCUGGCUAUGUCUACCUGUACCAGGGCGAAGAUGAGUUUGUUCACUUCUGCUGGCGACCCCGCGACAAGACUCUCGAGGAGUCCGAGCUCGAUCUCAUCAUGAUCCCCGGUGAUGGCUCAUUCUCGCCAUACACCGGCAAGGAUGCCGCCGAAGACUCCGAAUCAGUCAAGUCGCCCACCGAUGGCCGCAUAUUCGUCCUCAAGUUCAACUCCAGCUCACAACGCUACCUCUUCUGGUUACAGUCGAAGUCACAGCACCCUCGUAGUGAUGCAAGCUGUUUCAGCGAGCGUGACCUCAAGAUCGGCCAGAUUGUUGAUCUUCUCUUGAAUGGUGAAGAUAUCGACGUCCAGGCUGAGCUCGCGAGCAUCCCGAGUCAUCCCUCCGGCGGCGGCGACGACGACGAGACGAUGGAAGAUGUCGGGGAGUCCACCCGCCGUAAUCGCCACGGCAGCACAGGAGGCGCUGGAUCUGGGGCUACAGGUGGUGACAUUCGAGACGAGGGCGAAGAGUCUCGUGAAGGUGGUGCUGACGGCGGCCGAGCAGCAGGAGGAGUGGGUGAUGUUUCAUCUAUCGUCCAGAACUUCGUGGACUCCCUCAAGGGCGGCAGUGGGGGCAGCGGAGGCAGCGGGCAACAACAGCAAGGUGGCGGCGACUUUACAACUCUACUUGACCUCCUAUGGCCGACCACGACCGGCCCUGUAAUCGAGGACGCGUCCGACGAGCUCAUCGAUGCACUCUGCGCCCAGCUUCCCACUACACCAUUCUUGCUCGAGGCUGAGGUUGAGGACAUUGACCAGAUUGACCCCAACGGCGAUACCGCACAGAUGGUGGUGCAGACACUGGGCCAGGACGAGAAGAGAGAAGUUAUCAAGGGGAUAGUAAGGGCACCUCAGCUUCGCGCUGCGCUUGGAAGUCUUACAGAGGCCUUGAAGUCCGGUGCACUGCCAACUGUUGCUCAGGCGCUAAACAUUGCCGUUGAGCACGGUGGCUACAUGAGGGGUGGCGCCAUGCCGCUUGGCGGUGGUGACGCAGUUAAGGCGUUCUUAGAGGGCGUCAAGAGGACAGUGGAGAACGAGGAUGAGGAUGAGGAUGAAAACAUGGACGAGUCAUGA